AUUAAUUACUAUUAUUAUUAUUAUUAUUAUUUAUUUUUUAUUGUUCCGUUAUAUUCUUACCUUACCAUCUUAUUAACCAUGUCUAUUCGGAAAACAAGAAUCAAACCUCCCAAACGAACAAUUAGUACUGAUCGCAAUCAAGACUAUGAAGAAGGAUUCCAAGUUUUAUGUAAAGCCAUUACUGAAAUUUUCCACAAGAAUGCUCGCAAUCUAUCCUAUGAAUUAUUGUAUCGUACAGCUUACAACUUGACUUUACACCAACACGGUGAACGACUUUAUGAAGGUGUCAAAGGCGUUAUUGCAGACUAUUUAGAAACGGUGGCGGAGCAAUCGAUUGUACCAGCGUUUGUUAUUACAGCAGGCACAGCAGCAGGAAAUGGUGGUUCAGCUCUUAAUGUCAUUGAUGGAUCUAGGGCCGACGCUGGUGCUUCGUUUUUGAAAACUGUUAAACUUGUAUGGGAUGAUUACACUACAGCCAUGACUAUGAUUCAAUAUACUCUUCAUUAUUUGGACGAUAAAUUACCAAAAUAUAAUUUACCGCACGUAUUCGAUAUGGGAUUGGAUUUAUUUCGUGAUAGAAUUAUACGAUCAGAAAAAUAUCCUAUUCAAAAUCAUUUGAUAACAGCCAUGUUGAAUCAAAUCCAGUUGGAACGACAUGGUGAUGUGAUUGAUCGUAGCGCCAUCAAAUUAUCUGUCACCAUGCUCUCUGAACUCACUGAUCCAGCAACGAAAGAAACAGUAUAUGUUACAGAUUUUGAAACAAAGUACCUAGAAACUAGCACAGCAUUUUAUCAAGUGGAAAGUCAAACUCUUACCAACACCAAUUAUGAUGCCCCUGAAUUUAUGCGCAAGGUGGAAAAACGAUUGGAUGAAGAAGAAGAAAGAACAAAUCACUGCUUGUCAAUGGUGACUGAACCCAAGAUUAGGAAUAUUGUGGAAACUCAAUUGAUUGCUAAUAACUUGAAAACCAUUAUGGAUAUGCCGAACUCAGGACUGGAAAAUAUGUUAAACACUGACAAAUAUCAAGAUCUGUCACGCAUGUACAAGCUCUUUUCUCGUGUGCCAGCUGGUCUGAACGAAAUGAAAAUUGCCAUCAGCAAAUAUAUCCUACAACGAGGCACGGAUAUUAAUCAGCAUAUCAAUACAGAUAUAUUGACAAAUUGCAAUACGAAACAGAAAUCGACUACUUCUGCUGGUGGAGCUCAAACCGCAAUCCGAUGGGUGGAACAAGUCCUAGAGUUACAAACAAAAUUUGAUCGUAUUCUGGAAAUUUCUGCAAACAAGGACAAAGCUUUCCAAACGGCUUUUAAUGAAGCAUUCGAACAAUUCAUUAACGAAAAUGCGAAAUCAUCAGAAUUCAUAUCUUUAUUCAUUGACGAAAAUCUCAAGAAAGGAUUGAAAGGCAAAACUGAAGAUGAGGUGGAUGAUGUAUUGGACAAGACCAUUAUGCUAUUUCGAUUCCUUCGCGACAAGGAUGUGUUUGAACGAUAUUACAAGCAACAUUUGGCCAAAAGACUUUUAUUCAAUCGCAGUGUAUCAGAUGAUGCUGAACGGGGUAUGCUUGGGAAGCUCAAGAGAGAAUGUGGAUAUCAAUUUACAAACAAAUUGGAAGGAAUGUUCAACGAUAUGCGACUCUCCAUGGAAAUGAACUCUCAAUUCAAAGAAUUCCAAGAUAAGGCUACUAAUACGAAACUAGAUCUGGAAACCAAUGUUACUGUACUUACAUCUACGUUCUGGCCAAUGAACCUCUCAACUCUACCGAAAUGCAUUAUGCCCUCAAAAGUAUCAAAUGCUUGUCUAGCAUUUGAAAAGUUUUACUUCAGUCGACACAGUGGAAGAAGGCUGACUUGGCAAGCUCAAAUGGGUACCGCGGAUAUCAAGGCACAAUUCAAAUCUAGCAAACAUAUUCUCAACGUAUCAACGUAUGCCAUGUUUGUGCUUCUUUUAUUUAACAAUCUUGAUGCGGAUGACAGUCUGACAUUGGAGGAAAUCCAGGAACAAACGAAUAUUCCAAUGGCAGAUUUGAAUAGAACACUACAAUCACUGGCAUGUGCAAAGUACAAAAUCUUACUGAAGAACGAAAAAGGACGCGAUAUUCAACCUGGAGAACGAUUCAAGGUGAAUGUAAAUUUUUCUGCCAAUCUAGCGCGAAUCAAGGUACAAUCCCUGGCGACCAAAGUGGAAACUGAUACUGAACGAAAAAUUACUCAAGACAAAGUGGAUGAAGAACGACAACAUCAAAUAGAAGCUGCUAUUGUCCGCAUCAUGAAGAACAGAAAACUUAUGGAACAUAAUUUACUCAUUGCCGAAGUCACAAAACAACUUAGUCCUAGGUUUAUGCCAAGUCCUGUUAUGACAAAGAAACGCAUAGAAGCUUUGAUCGACCGAGAAUAUUUGGAAAGAAGUCCUGAUGAUAGACGCUCUUAUCAAUAUUUGGCCUAGUUAUUUUUUUUUAUAUUAUCACAUUUAUCCUUAGAAUUCGUUUUAUUUAUUUCUUCCAUCCUCCUUUUCGCUCACUCGUAUCCGUACUUUGAUACUUACCUUUUUUUUUUUUUUUCUCAUCCUCUCUUUUUCGUUAUUCCCUGCUCUCUCUCACACGCACACCAGGUUGACAAUAUACCAAAAAUCAAUAAACAACUCUAUUAUUUUUAGUUUACUGCAGAUGCCUAAUGAC